UGUGGAUCAGGGUGGGGUGUUGCGCAUGCACGGUGGCUUUGGCCGCGUAAAUCUCCAUCAGUGUCUGUCUGGAGCGUCCUGCCGCUGCGCCGGAGCAAGAGAGAAGAGCCCGUCACCUGAAACCGAGAGGAAAUUCAUCAUCCACCUUUAGCAUCUCUGCAGGAUUGUCUGGAAACGUUCCACCAUCGCAUCCGGGUUGUUUUGUGCCGACGGCGGCGGGUGUCAUUGAGCUGCGGGGCGUCGCUUCUCCAAACGCGCAUCGGGAACCAUUACGCGUGCGGAUCUCCAGCCAUCAGCGCAGAGAUGUCCGGAUACCAGGGCAAAAAGAACAUCCCUCGCAUCACUAGUGACCGUCUUCUAAUCAAAGGUGCGAAGAUAGUGAACGAUGAUCAGUCUUUCCAUGCCGACAUCUAUAUGGAGGAUGGAGUCAUCAAGCAAAUCGGUGAAAACCUCAUAGUUCCUGGUGGCGUGAAGACCAUCGACGCCCACGGCAGGAUGCUUAUACCAGGUGGCAUUGAUGUUCAUACCCGCUUCCAGAUGCCUGACCGGGGCAUGACAGCCGCUGAUGACUUCUACCAGGGCACACGAGCUGCUCUCGCUGGCGGCACCACUAUGAUCAUCGAUCAUGUGGUCCCGGAGCCCGGCGUUAGUCUGAUCGCUGCCUUUAACCAGUGGAGGGAGUGGGCCGACCACAAGUCCUGCUGUGAUUACUCUCUCCAUGUGGACAUCACGGAGUGGCACAAGGGCAUGCAGGAGGAAGUCGAGGCGCUGGUCAAAGAUCACGGCGUCAACUCUUUCCUGGUCUACUUGGCUUACAAGGAUAUUUUUCAGCUAAAUGACUCCCAGAUGUAUGAGGUGUUCAGUGUGAUCAGGGACAUGGGAGCCAUCGCCCAGGUGCACGCAGAGAACGGUGACAUCAUUGCUGAGGAGCAGAAGAGGAUUCUGGGAUUGGGUAUCACUGGUCCAGAGGGACACGUUCUGAGCCGCCCAGAGGAGGUGGAGGCCGAGGCCGUCAACCGGGCUGUGACCAUCGCCAAUCAGACCAACUGUCCGCUCUACAUCACCAAAGUAAUGAGCAAGAGUGCUGCUGAUGUCAUCGCCCAGGCUAGGAAAAAAGGUACCGUGGUGUACGGGGAGCCCAUCUCAGCCAGCCUGGGGACAGACGGCACUCACUACUGGAGCAAGAACUGGGCCAAAGCUGCAGCCUACAUCACAUCUCCACCCCUCAGCCCCGACCCCACCACCCCGGACUAUCUCAACUCCCUGCUGGCCUGUGGUGAUCUGCAGGUGACAGCCAGUGCCCACUGCACCUUCAACACCUCCCAAAGGGCUGUUGGCAAGGAUAAUUUCACCCUGAUCCCAGAGGGAACUAACGGCACUGAGGAGAGAAUGUCCAUCAUCUGGGACAAGUGUGUGGUGACCGGUAAGAUGGAUGAAAACCAGUUUGUGUCUGUGACGAGCACCAACGCUGCCAAGAUCUUUAACCUGUACCCACGGAAGGGCCGUAUCGCCGUGGGCUCUGAUGCUGACCUGGUGCUCUGGGACCCCGACGCCACCAAAAUCAUCUCUGCUAAGAGUCACCACCUGGCGGUGGAGUACAACAUCUUUGAGGGGAUUGAGGUGCGUGGAGCUCCUCUGGUGGUGAUCAGCCAGGGGAAGAUCGUCCUAGAGGAUGGGAACCUGCACACCACUGAGGGUUCUGGACGCUACAUCACCCGUAAACCCUUCCCAGACUACGUCUACAAGAGGAUAAAGGCCCGAAGCAGGCUUGCUGAGCUGCGCGGAGUCCCACGAGGUCUAUAUGACGGUCCAGUGUGUGAGGUCACUGUGACACCUAAGAUCAUGACCCCUGUCACUUCUGGUAAGACUUCUCCGAUCAAAACUGCUCCUCAACCAGUUCGCAACCUGCACCAGUCUGGAUUCAGCCUGUCUGGGGCUCAAAUUGACGACAACGUCCCUCGUCGUACCACUCAACGCAUUGUGGCGCCCCCAGGUGGCAGGGCCAACAUUACCAGCCUGGGAUAAAAUCAUUUACACCACAGAGGAAAAUAAAGGAUGGGGUGGGAUGGGGGGGGUUAAAGAAACUUGGGCUUUUUCUCCGGGACUGGUCCAAGCAUCUGGACAUCCGUCCCAACAAGCACACCUCCACUUCCUCCAACACUUCAGUCCGUUCACCGACCCCCAACCCCCAUCCUUCUAGCACCUGUUCUUUGAAUGUGUGUUACGUUUCAGGAUGACUUGGCAUUAAACUGGGUUAUGUGCUGGAAUAGUUGGCUAUGUUCAGACUAGCAUACUACUAAUUCUUCAGUAUGUAUACUAUUCAUAGUACGAGAGUUUUCUUUGUGCACUGAACCACCUACUACAUUUUGCAAAAUGUGCAGUAUGCAACAGAGCAUAUUGCACUACGUACUGUAUCCCAUAAUGCAAUGCAACCAUCCAUUUCACAUGUGACGAAUGAACUGGAAAUAAUAUCAGCAUCUUUUUUGAAAUUUUCUUAUUUAAUCAGUGUCUAAAUUAGGAUUUUCUUUACAUGCAAUUAGAUUAAAAUGCAAAAUAAAUCAUUUAUUUCCGACUUGAUAAAUGUGACAUAAACAUGCAAUGCAAAAAUUUUGUUUUUUGCCAAGUGUUUCUGAAACUUAGUAAGCUACAUUCAAAGAACAGGAACUAGUACUCUAUCCGUCAUUUGCCUCCAUACUUUAAUGUUUUUAUUUGUUUGCAUUCUGGAAAAGAACAGCACAAAACUCCCGCCUGUAUCGUUUAGUAUUAAACGUGCUGUUGCCAUUUUGAUUUGUUGUUUUUCCUUGUAGGAAGAGUCGAUGAGUUAUUUAUUGUUUAGGAUGCAUUUUACAUUUUGCAAAAGUGUCAAUUUUUCCACAAAAGCCUGAUUUAUUAAAAGUUUUUAGAAUGUUGUUUUAUAAUGAACUUAAUAGUUUCUUUUUUUAUUUUAUUUUUUUGUACGUAUGUUCUGAUUUCGGUUUCAGUGUUUCAAUGCUCCCUGAAAUCCCUCACGUUUGUCUUCCUCACGUGUUUGCACUUCUUUAUUUUCUCGUUAUUUAACUGCAGUUUUGGAGCAAAAAAAGAAGAAAAAGACUAACAGUGGUGUUGUUGGCCAUGGUGCGCAGUCCUGUGGGGUUUUGGUGUGAUUUGAAUUCACUCAUUUUUCGCUGUAAAUGUCAAACUGUCCGUUCCUACUUUGUCCCACAGUUUACACAAAGGGGGUCUCACCAGAAAGAAUACAAUACAGUUGAGAAAAUAAUGGAAAACUCUCUGGGCGAACAACAGCUCGAGAGAGAGCUGCUCUUUUUCACCCUUUCAUUUCGGUUUAGGAUGAAGGCGGUGACCAUAGCAACGGUCCCGAUCGCUCGGCGUGGAUGCUGAUUAGAUACGACAGCCGUGCCGUGUUGGAGCAUUGCCCCGGUAACCUCUUCUCACCGGGGGUUUUAUUCGUGCGGUGGAUCUCGGCACGGGUUCAACCGUUUCCCGUGACAUCACAGCCGCUCCGCGGGGCAGCUACACACCCCCUCUCUCCCGUCCCGCAACACAACCGACCUUUACCGUGAGGACAUUUUGAAGGUUGCAGCGACUCUGUCUCUCAAACGGAUCGUCCGGCAUGAGUAAGGUUGAUCAGUGUUAGUCUGAAUUAAACGUUCGGUCACAAUGAUUUUCUUACGUUGCAGCUCUGCUUUGUUUUUAUAAAUCGUCUUGCCUGCCUAUUCACCAAGUGAUACAGUUCUUGAUUAAUGUCUGUGAGUGUUAUGACAAGCUGAACAUUUCUCAUGGAAGAUGUGUACAGAAUUCAUCAUUCUUCAUGUCUUUGAUUGUUAAAAUAAAAUGCAGUUGUGAACAAAA